AUGACUGCUCGGACUGAUGUUGCCCAACGAGUCCUGUUGUACGCCACCACUGGGCUGCUGAACUCGUCGGACAAAUCUGGAGAGCGCAAGCGCUUGCGGGCCGCGGCCCGCUCGAGUUACGGUUGGGCCAGCUCCGGUGGAGAUGCUCCAGAUUCCGAUCGGCCACCACCACCACCAUCAGCAAGAUUGGUCGACGACCGAAGAACGACUUUUUUAGACUACAUAGCCAAGUCAAAACGGUCCCGAACCCACCCCAAUCGACGAAAAACAACACAUCGACAAACUACCCAGCCGCCAAUGCUUCCGCUUGCUCUGCUUCAUGGUGCCCAAGGAAAACCGAUGUUGGUCGAGCUCAAGAACGGGGAAACGUUCAACGGCCAUCUCAUUCAAUGCGAUAACUUUAUGAAUCUCACAAUGAGGGAAGUCUAUCAAACAAGUGCAAAUGGAGAACAGUUUUGGAAGUUGCCUGAAUGCUAUAUUCGCGGAAAUACGAUAAAAUAUAUUCGAGUAACAGACAAUGUGAUUGAUCAAGUAAAACAACAAGAGGACGCGUAUCGACAACAAAACCGAAGCUCGAGAGGGGGAGGAAACCAGACGAAUGAACGAGGCGGCAGGGGAGGCUCGGGUGGACGAGGUUACUCAAAUUCUAAUAAUCGUGGCGGUCCUGGUUCAAAUCGUGGUGGCGGUGGGAGGGGAAAUUCGGAUCGCGGUAGGGGGAGAGGGUCUGAUAGAGGUCGAGGGCGAUAAAACAUACUCUCUCAUCUGGUUGAUUUACUAGUUUUUGUUGCUAUUUUUUAAAAGUUUUUUUUUUUUUUGCUUUUCAAUGGAAGAAUUAGUUUUCUUGACAAACUGGUUGCAUAUAGCUCACCUCCUUGAUGAAAACAUAUGCUAAUAAUCCAACCAUAUUUUCAUUAGUUAGUAUUCAGCCCACUAGGGUUUCAUCUUAUCCCAUUGUAGGAUGACAUUGAGGCAUGUUGAAAGAUUUCAAAAUGAAAAGGUG